ACGCUCAGAGCUGCGGCUGAAGCCGAGCGCGCCGCGUCGCCCGCCGCCGCCGGUGCGGAGCGUGGGGAGCACUCGGCCACAGCCCUCGUCUAUCGCCGAGGGUCGCGCCUGGUGCCGCCAGACAGGCCGCCCUGUGCGGGCCUUUCUGUCCUUGUAGAGGAUCGUGGCCCGCCGGGCGCCUCCCGUCCGCCCGCAGCGACAGCCCCGCUGUAGCCGAGGCCGCGGCAGCGGCCGUGCCCAUGACCGGGUGCCUGGGCUUGGCCAGUUCCCUGCUGCCACUGCCUCCACUGUACCUCACCCAGGCCCUGGGGCCACAGGUGGCUGCCUGCCCCCAGCAGAGGCUGCACCGGCAAGAAGGCCCAGCACCCUCUCCUCCCUGGGUGACAGGCAGGAUGGGUGACAUGGCUAACAGUUCCAUCGAGUUCCACCCCAAGCCCCAGCAGCAGCGGGAGGGCCCCCAUGCAGGUGGCUUCGGGUGCACACUGGCUGAGCUGCGCUCCCUCAUGGAGCUCCGAGGGGCUGAGGCGCUGCAGAAGGUCCAGGAAGCCUACGGGGACGUCAGUGGGCUCUGCAGGAGGCUGAAGACCUCGCCCACAGAGGGCCUGGCUGACAAUGCCAACGACUUGGAGAAGCGCAGGCAGAUCUACGGGCAGAACUUCAUCCCCCCCAAACAGCCGAAGACCUUCCUGCAGCUGGUGUGGGAGGCUCUGCAGGACGUGACCCUCAUCAUCCUGGAGGUGGCCGCCAUCGUCUCCCUGGGUCUCUCGUUCUAUGCACCGCCUGGAGAGGAAAGCGAAGCGUGUGGGAACGUGUCGGCGGGGGCAGAAGACGAAGGGGAGGCCGAGGCGGGCUGGAUUGAGGGGGCCGCCAUCCUGCUGUCAGUCACCUGCGUGGUGCUGGUCACGGCCUUCAACGACUGGAGCAAGGAGAGGCAAUUCCGGGGCCUGCAGAGCCGCAUCGAGCAAGAGCAGAGGUUCUCGGUCAUCCGGGACGGCCAGCUGCUACAGGUCCCCGUGGCAGCGCUGGUAGUGGGGGACAUUGCCCAGGUCAAGUAUGGAGACUUGCUGCCUGCUGAUGGGGUGCUCAUCCAGGGCAAUGACCUCAAGGUCGACGAGAGCUCCCUGACAGGCGAGUCGGACCAUGUGCGCAAGGCAGCUGACAGAGACCCCAUGCUGCUCUCAGGCACUCAUGUCAUGGAAGGUUCUGGAAGAAUGGUGGUGACGGCCGUUGGUGUGAACUCCCAGACAGGCAUCAUCUUUACGUUGCUUGGAGCCGGCGGAGAAGAGGAGGAGAAGAAGGAUAAGAAAGGCAAGCAGCAGGAUGGGGCGAUGGAGAGUAGCCAGACCAAAGCUAAGAAGCAGGAUGGGGCAGUUGCCAUGGAAAUGCAGCCCCUGAAGAGUGCAGAGGGCGGAGAGAUGGAAGAUCGAGAGAAGAAGAAAGGCAGCGUGCCUAAGAAGGAGAAGUCGGUCCUGCAGGGCAAGCUCACCAAACUGGCUGUGCAGAUCGGGAAAGCAGGGCUGGUGAUGUCCGCCAUCACCGUUAUCAUCCUGGUCCUCUACUUUGUGAUCGAGACCUUUGUUGUCGAUGGCCGGGUGUGGCUGGCAGAGUGCACGCCUGUCUACGUGCAGUACUUCGUGAAGUUCUUCAUCAUCGGGGUCACUGUGCUGGUUGUGGCUGUCCCAGAGGGCCUGCCUCUUGCUGUCACCAUCUCCUUAGCUUACUCUGUCAAGAAAAUGAUGAGGGAUAACAACCUGGUCCGCCACCUGGAUGCCUGUGAGACCAUGGGCAACGCCACGGCCAUCUGCUCAGACAAGACAGGCACGCUCACCACCAACCGUAUGACCGUGGUCCAGUCCUACCUCGGGGACACCCACCACAAAGAAGUUCCAGCCCCCAGCACCCUGAGCCCCAAGAUCCUCGAUCUGCUGGUCCAUGCCAUCUCCAUCAACAGUGCCUACACCACCAAAAUACUACCUCCAGAGAAGGAAGGUGCCCUCCCACGCCAAGUGGGCAACAAGACGGAGUGCGCUCUGCUCGGCUUCGUCCUGGACUUGAAGCGGGACUUCCAGCCUGUGCGAGAGCAGAUUCCAGAAGAAAAGCUUUACAAAGUGUACACCUUCAACUCGGUCCGCAAGUCUAUGAGCACAGUCAUCCGCAUGCCUGACGGCGGCUUCCGCCUGUUCAGCAAGGGUGCCUCAGAGAUCCUGCUGAAAAAGUGCACCAACACCCUGAACGGCGACGGCGAACUGCGUGGCUUUCGCCCUCGGGACCGGGACGAUAUGGUGAAGAAGAUCAUUGAGCCGAUGGCUUGUGAUGGCCUCCGCACCAUCUGCAUUGCCUACCGGGACUUCCCUGCCACCCAGGAGCCCGACUGGGACAACGAGAGUGAGGUCGUGGGUGACCUCACCUGCAUAGCUGUCGUUGGCAUCGAGGACCCUGUGCGGCCUGAGGUCCCUGAAGCUAUCCGCAAAUGCCAACGUGCGGGCAUUACGGUCCGCAUGGUGACUGGGGAUAAUAUCAACACUGCCCGGGCCAUCGCAGCCAAGUGUGGCAUAAUCCAUCCUGGGGAGGACUUCCUGUGCCUGGAGGGGAAGGAGUUCAACCGGCGGAUCCGCAAUGAGAAAGGCGAGAUUGAGCAGGAGCGUCUGGACAAGGUGUGGCCCAAGCUGAGGGUCCUCGCGCGAUCAUCUCCCACUGACAAGCACACUCUAGUCAAAGGGAUUAUAGACAGCAGCACCGGCGAGCAGCGGCAAGUGGUGGCCGUGACGGGGGAUGGUACUAAUGACGGGCCAGCCCUCAAGAAGGCAGAUGUGGGCUUUGCCAUGGGCAUCGCAGGGACUGAUGUGGCCAAGGAGGCCUCAGACAUCAUCCUGACCGAUGACAACUUCACCAGCAUUGUCAAGGCAGUCAUGUGGGGCCGCAAUGUCUAUGACAGCAUCUCCAAGUUCCUGCAGUUCCAGCUGACAGUCAAUGUAGUGGCUGUGAUCGUGGCCUUCACGGGUGCCUGCAUUACUCAGGACUCUCCUCUCAAAGCCGUGCAGAUGCUGUGGGUGAACUUGAUCAUGGAUACGUUUGCCUCUCUGGCCCUGGCCACAGAGCCACCCACUGAGUCACUGCUGCUGCGGAAGCCAUACGGCCGAGACAAGCCACUGAUUUCCCGCACCAUGAUGAAGAACAUCCUGGGCCACGCGGUCUACCAGCUCACCGUCAUCUUCACCCUGCUCUUCGUUGGGGAGCUCUUCUUUGACAUCGACAGCGGGAGGAAUGCGCCCCUGCACUCGCCGCCCUCAGAGCACUACACCAUCAUCUUCAACACCUUCGUCAUGAUGCAGCUCUUCAACGAGAUCAAUGCCCGCAAGAUCCACGGCGAGCGCAACGUCUUCCACGGCAUCUUCAGCAACCCCAUCUUCUGCACUAUCGUCCUGGGCACCUUUGCAAUUCAGAUCGUCAUCGUCCAGUUUGGUGGGAAGCCCUUCAGCUGCUCCCCACUGUCCACAGAGCAGUGGCUCUGGUGCCUGUUUGUUGGUGUUGGGGAGCUGGUCUGGGGACAGGUCAUCGCCACCAUCCCCACCAGUCAGCUCAAGUGCCUGAAGGAAGCAGGGCACGGGCCUGGGAAGGAUGAGAUGACCGACGAGGAGCUGGCGGAGGGGGAGGAAGAGAUCGACCAUGCUGAGCGGGAGCUCCGCAGAGGCCAGAUCCUCUGGUUCCGGGGCCUCAACCGGAUCCAGACACAGAUGGAGGUAGUGAGUACCUUCAAGAGAAGCGCUUCAUUUCAGGGUGCUGUGCGCCGGCGGUCCUCGGUCCUCAGCCAGCUCCAUGACAUCCGGGUGGUGAAAGCAUUCCGUAGCUCGCUCUAUGAAGGCCUGGAGAAACCAGAAUCCAAGACCUCCAUCCAUAACUUCAUGGCGACGCCCGAGUUUCUGAUCAAUGACUACACCCACAACAUCCCACUCAUCGAUGACACAGAUGUGGAUGAGAACGAGGAGCGCCUGCGGGCCCCCCCACCCCCAUCCCCCAACCAGAACAACAACGCCAUAGACAGCGGCAUCUACCUGAGCACGCAUGGCACCAAGUCAGCUACCUCGUCAGUGUUUUCUUCCAGACCCAGCAGCCCGCUCCACAGCGUGGAGACAUCCCUCUAAGCAAAACUGCUCUUGGCACGGGCGC